UCCUGCACACACACACACUCUCACACUCACACUCACACAUACGCCAAAGCUGACACUGCAGCAGAAAAACAGGCCGGCAGGAUUUCUACCCGGCUGUAGCGUAGCGUCAGAGAGGGACUCUAUUGGCUGAGAGAGAGAAGGACGGUCUUCGUGGUUGCUCUGUCGAGGAGUACCCGACCAGAGGCAACGGGCUGUGUGUGUGUGUUAAUGUGUUAGGUCCGUGUGUGUGUGAGCACCGCAGCAGGAGCAGCAGCACUGCAGAUGCUGACUGAGUCCGGGGCUCGGCUCAACGCCUCAUCCUCCCCUCCCCCCUUGGAGCAUCGACGUAGAAAAGAGGAUCCAUCGCUCUCAACCUCUGUGUGUGUGUGUCAGUGAACGUGUGUGUGUGUGUCAGUGAACGUGUGUGUGGGUGUCAGUGUAAAAGCAGAGCUGGUGUGUCAUCCACUGCUCUGCCAGCGUAUCCGUGUCGUCGGCCCUCUCCCUGUCCCAGAAUGCUUCGCUCUGCGCCCCUGUGCUGAGGCGGCGUUGGGCAGUAUGGGCGCUGCGCUGGCCGGGACCCCCCCCCACGGAUCUAAGCUGCCCCACCGGGACGGGCGCACACCGCACCCCUGCUGAUGGGCGAGGACACUGACACCACCCGAACGCUCAACCACGGCUUCCUCCGAGACCACAACUAUGUGACUGAAGGGCUGCUCGUGGCUUUUGCCUGAAGAGCCCCGCCCCACCAGGCCCCGCCUCCUCCCCUCUCCCGGACUCCUCCCCCAGGAUGUUGAACCCCAUCCAGGUCCUGUGCUCCGACAUCACUUCCCUCUCCCUGGAGCCCGAGCCGUUUGCCUCUUACACUGAAGCUGAUAUCAUCUCCACUGUAGAGUUCAACCACACUGGAGAACUCCUGGCCACAGGGGAUAAGGGGGGGCGAGUGGUCAUCUUCCAGAGGGAACCUGAGUGUAAGACAGAGCCGUACUCCCAGGGAGAGUAUAAUGUCUACAGCACAUUCCAGAGCCACGAGCCGGAGUUUGAUUACCUUAAGAGUCUGGAGAUCGAGGAGAAGAUCAACAAGAUACGAUGGCUGCCUCAGCAGAACGCCGCCCACUUCCUCCUUUCCACCAAUGAUAAGACCAUUAAGCUAUGGAAGGUGAGUGAGCGGGACAAGAGGCCUGAAGGCUACAACCUGAAGGAUGAGGAGGGCAGGAUAAAGGACCUCUCCACUGUCACCUCACUACAGGUGCCGGUGUUGAAGCCCAUGGAUCUGAUGGUGGAGGUGAGUCCUCGGCGUGUGUUUGCCAACGCCCACACCUACCACGUCAACUCCAUCUCCGUCAACUCCGACCACGAGACCUACAUGUCAGCUGACGACCUGAGGAUCAACCUCUGGCAUCUGGGCAUCACUGACCGCAGCUUCAACAUUGUGGACAUUAAGCCAGUGAACAUGGAGGAUCUGACAGAGGUGAUAACAGCAGCAGAGUUCCACCCUCACCACUGUAACCUGUUGGUCUAUAGCAGCAGUAAGGGAACUCUACGGCUCUGUGACAUGAGAGAGGCCGCACUGUGUGACAAACACUCCAAACUGUUUGAGGAGCCGGAGGACCCCAGUAACCGCUCCUUCUUCUCGGAAAUCAUCUCGUCUGUGUCGGACGUGAAGUUCAGCCACAGCGGGCGCUACCUGCUGACCAGAGACUACCUCACCGCCAAGGUGUGGGACCUCAACAUGGAGAACAAGCCCCUGGAGAUAUAUCAAGUGCAUGAUUACCUCCGCAGCAAGCUGUGCUCCCUUUAUGAGAACGACUGCAUCUUUGACAAGUUUGAGUGUGCCUGGAACGGCUCAGACAGUGUGAUCAUGACGGGGGCCUACAACAACUUCUUCCGGAUGUUUGACCGGAACACAAAGCGUGACGUGACCCUGGAGGCGUCCAGGGAGAGCAGUAAGCCCCGGGCCGUUCUCAAGCCUCGCCGCGUCUGCCAGGGUGGGAAACGUCGCAAGGAUGACAUCAGCGUGGACAGCCUGGACUUCACCAAGAAGAUCCUGCACACGGCCUGGCACCCCACGGAGAACAUCAUCGCCAUCGCUGCCACCAACAACCUGUACAUCUUCCAGGACAAAUUCAACUAGGAGAUGCACGGCCGAGAGAGGGAAAGCGCAGGAGGCUGGAGACAGACACACACACUCCAGACGACAUGGCGCUAUUGUGGAGACACACUCCAGAGUGCUCAGUCCCUGCCUCCCACACUUCCAACUAAUGAAGCCCCCCCCCUCCCCCUGAAAUACUGGAUGGACCCACCUCACCCUAGGGCCAAACAGGGGGAGCUGAAUUACCCAAUGAGAAUGAUGUUGGUUUAUGGUUUCUCUUAGUCUUAAUCAUGGAUGUGUUGACCUCUGGAUUGUGGCUGAUCUGAUUGUGUUUGUUUCACUAUUGGUCGUUUUUUCAUUCCGAGGGAUUGACCUCUCGGCAGGAGGAGCUUUAACAUGUUGUCUGUCUUUUUCUGUUCAUCUGCCUCAUCCUCUUCUUCCUCCUCCUCUUCUCUCCAUCUGUUUCUGUACGUUUGUGCUCAGUUCAACCCCCCAGUCCCUCUCCUACACUCUUAGAAAAAAGGAUUGGUUCCAGGUAGAACCCUUUUGGGUUCCAGGUAGAACCCUCUGUGGAAAGGGUUCUGUACGAAAGCCAAAAUGGCUAUACCUGGAACCAAAAAAGGUUAUUCAAAGGGUUGUCCUUUGGGGACAGCCAAAGAACCAUUUUAGGUUCUAGAGUGUUUCUAAGAGUGUACAGUCGGAAUUGAUCCUUGACGUUGGUGUAAAAAAAACCUUUGUGGUUCCUGGUGGUGACUAUCGUGGAAACAGAACGUUUGCUGGAUGUUUCAAGUUUUAUUAUAGUUUUUCACAGUUAAAAAUCACGAAUUCACAUAUUUUUGUAAAUUCUCGUUAAUAAUGGUGGUAUUAUGGAUGGUGACGAUAAUGACCGUUAUUGGUAUACGUAUAACAGUGACAUGUCACAGUUGGACUUGGGUUCCACUAGGCUGUCUGUCACAGCUUGGUGACAUUUACUCCUUACGUUUCUGUUGAUUGUGGACACUGCUGGGGAUCUCGGCGGUGUCGUGUGCCACUUUGCAAUGAAACACGAUUAAUAAAACAAAGUCCAACAAUCAAGCAAAAACAUUAUAUGCUGCAUGAUGAACAAAAAUGAUGUGUUUAUAUACAUUUACUGGCUGCCUUUCUAAUCAGAAACAGGCUGUAAAAAGGCUUCUGGAGCUCUGCCUCUACACAGCACUAGUUACCAUAGACAACAACGAGCUCCUUUUGUUUGUGUUUACAAGACACAAAAAAGCAUGUUUAACAGUGUUCGGGUUUUUACGGUGUACAUUUGAAAUGAAGCCGAAAAAAAAAAAAAAAAAUCAGUUAAAAAUGAAAAAGAAACUGAACCAGAGGAAUUGGGAUCGUUUUAUCAGCGUUGUUAUCUAGACCUUUAAGGGGCUGAUCCGUUUGUUUCGUAUCAAUAUGUCCCAGAGCCAAUCAUCUGUAAUGAUGAUGCUGUCCAUGACAAUGCGAGAGAGAUUAUUGCACUCUUCUCUCCAGCAAUUGCAUUUAUAUAUUUUUGGAAACAUCACUUGUGUUUGAUUCCGAGUCCCGCUGCCCUGCCAUUGAUUCACAUCUCUUUUUUUUGUUCACGUAUUUUCAAGAAGAGAAAGUCAAAUGAACAAUUAUAAAUAUGUUAAUAUGUCCCCCCCUCCUACCUGAAUAAAGAUUUCAACAAAAUUGCAUUCUA